AUGUUAAAAACCUCUACUAACAACUUGUAUUACUUCCUAGAAGCUAAGUGGUCUCGAUGGGGCGCUUGGAGUGUAUGCACUAAGACCUGUGGUAAUGGAACACGUGUCCGAUCUAGAACAUGCAUCGCUCAAAACCAGCGCGCCGUUUUUGCACCCAUAUAUUGUGCAGGAAAACCUCUUCAGAAGAAGAAUUGCUCACAGUGGAGUUGCCCAGGUAGGGAGUAACUUGCUGUUUUCAAGUAGAGGAUAAUUUCCAGAGUCUGUGGAGCGAGUAGGGUACACCAGAAGGAGCCUAUUACUCGGCUCCUGCCUAAGGAGAGAUUUGAAUCCCGUGAAUUCUUUAUUUGCCUCGAAUUUCUUAUGUAGCUUUUAAAUAUUCCCUUUGAAGUUGUUUUAGCCGUAAUUUACAUUGAAUUUACAUUGAGAUGUUUUAGUUCAUUGAAAUUAUUCACAUUUUGCUUCAAUGUUGACCUUAAAUUUAAAGGAUAAUAAGUUUCUGAAUAAUUAUGCAGUUUAGUCACUGAACAACUGGACCUUUCUCCUGCUCAAAUACCAACUGUUCGUAGUUUUUAGUUUUGAAAUUUUAAGGAAUCCUUAGCAAAGGAAACUCGAAUUCUUUUGCACAGCUUUCAGAGUUGUAAGUUUCCGAAAUUUUGACUCAUUUUCUUUAGCAUACGAACUCUAAAGCUGAAUUUAUCCAGGUUCGUUUUCAGUUUUCAACUGAUUUUAUUCAGUUUUCUUUCCAUUUGUUUUAAUAACUGUAAUAAGUUGAUCGGUUAGUAUAAAUAUAGCACUGUUAUCUCUGUUUUUCGAUUUACAUUGCGGACUUACAUGCCUGUACGAUUUACAUUUUGGUUUCACACGCAUGUAUGAUCUACGUCCAGGAGCUGCUAUUGAAGUCCAAGUUUGAGUGCUGUCCUGUUUUCCAGUUGUAGAAGAUCCUAAUACCGUGGAACAGUGACGAGUUUCUUUCCCGCUUGCCAAGAGAAUUGCAGAGUUCGUUUUCCUCCUUGUUGUUCACACGCCGAAGUCGCUCGAAUUCCUUUUACGCUUAUUUUUCCCCGAUUUAUGCUUGGAAGGGCAAAUCUAUCUUCACACCUGGCUUCUACACCAGUCAAUACAGAAGAAAUAAGGUGCGGUUGGCUUUUCCGGGUACGAAAUAGACGGUGAUGCUCGUGGUCUCGUUAAAGGGUGGAAGUAAAAGAUUUUCCUAUAAGCAUCCCCACCCCAUUGUGUGCCUUCUUAACUGAUGCCAAUGAACAUCUCUAAUCAGAGCUGUUUGACUUUUAUUUCUUAGACUGCUCCAAAUCAUGCGUCAAAGGAACGCUGAAUGCGGCUUGUGAUGCUUGCACUUGUGACGGUCAUGUUAUUACUGGUCGUGUUCGAUCAAAAAGCGGUGCACCAAUCUCAGAAGUUAGUAUUUCUCUGGCAGAAACACCGUACAAAGUUCUGGCGCAGACAAAUGAAAGUGGUUUCUUCUUAGCUCUUAAUGCUUGCACGAGCGCAAAGCUGCUUUUUACCAAAGUGGGUUUUGUUCCUGUUACACUAACAGCUACUACUUCGACGCCGUCAUCGGCAAAUGCGAAGGUGAAAUUGGAAAGUGCAGGUAGCGUUGAAAUCACAAUGAAUUAACUGUAGUAACUGGUCCAGCUCAAAGACUUGAAGAGAACCGAACAAAAUACCAGCUAAAAGUUUUAAAAUGAAAAUAGUUGUUCAUAGCUUGUUAAUGAAUAUUUAUUUGUAACCUUUUGACAUCCCUUCCUUCUCAUGAUGGCCACUUCACUACAAUGGCCAGUAUGCUUGGAUAACCCUCUCUUUUCUCUCAAUUCUGAAAACCGGGUCACUUCCUUACGGCUCAUUUUUACUACUCAGCCUUAAGGUGUUUCCAUACAGUUUUUCAGAGGCCAUACCGAUAUUUUUGAAUCGCCUCAUAGUCGAGGAGCAGAUUUCUAAAAGAGGCCCAAGAAAUGGGUUGCGCAGCACCUCACCACACAAACUAUUUGACAACAGAUUCAGAUAGCCAAAUACCGGCCCAAAUACCCAUAGAUUACCUAUUCGACAUUCGGAUCUACAAAUUGUAGGGUCAGUGACUUUGCACGUUGUGAUUUCUGAGGGGGGUGGAGGGUAUUUUGAAGCAUCAAAUUUCAGCAUUUUCGUAUAGGUGCAAAACUUUGAAAAUCAUAUCUUUUUACCUAAUAAGGCAAAUGGGUUAGUAUUUGGCCGCUUGUUAAUCCAUAAGAGCUACAAUUUUGUGCUUUUUUUUGCAUUACCAUGGUAACGGUUUAUAAGGAAACUCUGUCCAUAGGGUCUAACGUCAAUAAUAACGGAUGUUUCGACUUCCGCGACAAAUAUACAUUGCCGAUGUACUUAGAAUGUGCUUACAACUGAUAUUUACUAAUUCGCGAGAACCGUUUGUAUAAGGUUUUUUCCAAGUUUGCAAAUCAAACCAUUCCAUUGUCUUAUAACGAAUCAUGAAAGUUGCAUAAUUGCCUCUAAACCCUAUUUUCCUAUUGGUACCAAUUAAAACCUUUGAAAAAUCAUAUCCUAAAGACUAAACAUUGUUCAACGAUGAAACUUUGGAAAGUCAUGCAACUUCAUAAGCUCUUUCAUUUUAAAACAUUUUCGCGAAAUGAUCCUUAUUUCCAUGGCAACGGUUGCUAAGAUGCGUUUUUUGUAACCAAUGCCCUUUUUAAAGAAGAUCGAACACAGAUGUGGGUUGAAUAAGCAAUUUAAAACAAAUUAAAGUUAAUAGAAAAAUGAGAUAAGUUUUUUCGCCGGUUUGAAGAAUGCUCCAUGACUCCCUUAAACUUUUUCCUCAUAUGCCUAAAGAUACAAUCAUUUAGCUAAAAUCAGAAACUCAUAAGGAGUUAUUCAAUCCCUUAUGAGUUUCUGCUAAAAUGUAAUACGGUAUCAACACAAACAAUUUUUUAUAGUUAUUUUUUUUUCGUGUGGGUCUAGAAAUGUUAAUCACUGCAAAAUCUUUAGUAAAGAUCUUGGAUACAAAUACAUCUAUUUUGUAAAUAAUACAUAUUUUUUGAAACGGUAUUGUUAUAUUUGACGUUAUUAUUAUCUCUGUGUCUUGAGAGGGUGUUUGCUUAGUUUGAUGAGUAUUGUACUGAAAAUUUAAUACAAAAUUAUUGAAAUACUUAAUUUUUUAGUUGCUUAGAUUUUGUAUGAUUUGCAGUAAAGCUCUUCAAGCUUUUACAAUCAACUUUUAUGUGGGUUUAGUUUUCCCAUGGUUUUCCGUAAAUCCUUUUACCUUUUCAUUCCCAUGAUGCCUUUGAUGCAUAUUCCGAAUUGCUCUUCAAGAAGCAUCCGCCAUUUUAACUGCUGGAAUGAUUUUAUCUUCAAAGGGUAAGAAUUAUUUGUUUUUUGCUUCCAUUUUGCUACAUUUAAUCGUGUUAACCACUUUUUUUAUUGUUGACGUGCUAGGUGUAGGUUAAAAGAUUUUUCAUAGUUGAUUAAGAAAACUGAGCUCAUGAACUAAAGAAAAUUAUUCUUUAUAAUCUCUGUAAGUUCUUUGUGAAAAUCGAAAAUAAUAGUCCUUGUUUUUAUAACCAAUCCAAUAUAAACUGAACCAUUAAUCUUUAAAACACGUAAUUUGAUUAUAAAUUGUAAAGCAAUCCUAAUACAAGCAACUACCUUUUUUUAGAUAUACAUAUACUGUAUAUAUAGAGAAUUUCCCGGUGUGCUUGCUUUAGUAACACUUGGUGUUGCAUUGAAUCAAUCUUAAUGAAAGUUUCAGACAGUAUUAUAUACAUUAUGAAGAUUAUGUGAAGAAAUUUUUAAAAAAUUCGUUCGAGAUGUUUCAGAGAUGUACAAAAAAGCGCUAAAAGUCCAAAUUUUGAAUGAAGUUGCACUUAUACAAGUGGUGCGAAAACGGGUCAGUUUUUAAGAUCGCAAGAACGAAAAUACACCAAAAUUUCCUAGUAUCGAGUCAGGCGCGGAUCUAGGAUAAACUGCUGACCGAUUUCCUCAACGAGCGCCGAAAACGCAAGCUUCUUGGGGGUCCAGGGGCAUGCUCCCCCGGUAAAUCUUUUAGAUUUUAACUCCCUAAAGUCUCCUUUCUCGGGGUUCCGAGUCACUCAGAUAGGAUAUUGGCCAGUUCCAUUCACCUUGGAUAAAGCCUUGCAACUUGGAAAGUUUUUUAUUUAUUAAAAAUAUAUCUAUUUAAGAAAAAUCUGACCGAUUUCCGUAAAACGGUGGAAACCGGUGUGGAUCCGCGCCUGGAAAUAUGAUAUUAAGCAGCAUUCUGACGCUACUUAAGAAUAAUUUGAGUCAUUUAUAACGUUUUUAUUAAAUAAUCUAUCACGGCUAUUGAAAAUUUAAGGUUUGAAAUAUAUUUUCGUUUUAGUCGAAUUCAAACACACAGAAUUUUUUACUUCUUACCUAGGUUAUUUGCUAAACACCAAACUUUAAGUUCCUAGUGUUGGAUUUUCAGUCGCUGGUCUAGAUCGCGCCAAAUUAGGUGUUUAUCAAUUUCAAAGUUUUUUUGUGUAUUGUUAUCAUAGUGGUAUCGAUUUUACUAAAAUCUACAUUUUGACAAAUUUCAAUCUAUAGUCAAUCAUUCGUGAAACUUUUAUAGCGAUCAGACAAUGAUAAAAUCACUUUUAAAGCGAUUGAAAAAUAUCGGUAUGGCCUCUGAAAAACUACAUCGAAACACCUUAAAGCAAUCUGGAAUAUAUUAUUAAAAAUCAAUCAGGAGAGGAUCUCUCUUGGUGUAAUAUAUAAUAUAUAUAUAAAUAUAUAUAUAUAUCUGAUACACAUACUAAUUGGGAGAGUAACAAUCUGUUAACUAUGUUGCAGUACCUCCAUCCAUCACUGUUCAUCCACGAAGUAAACUGCGAAUUUCUGGUCAAGGUGUUACGCUAUGUUGCGAUGGCGAGGGCAAUCCCAAUCCUGAAUUCGAGUGGUAAGCGUUAGACUUCUAAGCUAGCCUCGUGUUACCCCACAAUUUGCACAUCCUUACUUUUCUCAAGUUUACUCAAGAAUUCUUAUCUAUAAAAGUUUAUUUCUCUUUAAUACAAAAUUCAUUUAUUUCACAGGUCAAUUUGUCAUCGUCUAACAAUUCCAAAUGGCUUCUAAAGCGCUUAGUACUGAAAAGUAUAAGCGCUAUAUAAAUAUUUUAUUAUUAUUAUCUAUUAUUAUAAAUCUGUGAUUUCGAGCGUAUUUUUUAACAUACUGCUUUUUAGGAACUCAUUGACAUUUGCAAACAAUGACAGACACGUUUGUUGGAUGUCAUUUUAGCUUUUGUCUUGUAAUCAUGCAAUUAUAUCUACCCAUAAGGAAUGAUUAAAGUAAUUUUUCCUGAUCUUUCGCGAAUAUAGUUUUCUGUCUUUAAAAAUCUUAUAUACUCUUGCUUUAUAAGGUUUAAAGACAGCAACAUCAUCGAUGGUGCGACCGGCAAAUCGUUGGAAAUGUCUAACGUAAGUGGUCUCAACGGAACGUAUCGCUGUCGAGUUGUCAACGACUAUGGUACGGAAUUGUCUGAUACUGCAAAUUUAAAAGUUUUCGGUAAGUAGAACUAACCACAAUUGUCCAAAUUCCCAUAAACCUGGACUGGUCACCUCUAGUCCUGACCUUGCCUAGUCCCUCCCUGUACGGUGUCUUCCCAUUUUGGUCAAUGCAUUUCGGUGACGCGCGCUCGGACCGCAAGUGGCCCUCUUGGCUUAUUGAGAGGCUUUACGUUUUUUUUUUAUAAGUCCAAGAACCCGUAACCCUGUUAAGGUCUGGGGUAGGAGGGGUGGGGGGCAACUAGGCCUUGUAAAAGGACGAGAUCAGCCUUUGGAUGCCGGUUUUGCAUUGUUCUACUAACAGAUUUGCCACGUAAAUUGUUCUGAGAAAGAGAGAGAGAAUGAUAUAAAUAUGUUCCCGGGCAAAGGAUGGUAAAUAAAUGUUUUUAGAUUUUCAGAAAAAAAGAGUUUCGGACUUGAACGGCUUUUGACUUUGAGUCAUUAGUUGAAUAAAAUGACUAUUGCGGGCGACAAGAGGAGCCCGCAAUCCUAAUCCGCCUCCAGGUUGGUAUUACGCAUGCGUCGCAUGUAUGUAGCCAGCAAUCGUUUGGACUUCUACUAAGAAUGAAUGGAACGCACAGAACGCAAUUUAGACGCGCGUUUAGACCUUCUACUCACUCGUAAUCUGAUCACGCGUGUUGACUAUCUGUCACGUGAAACUUAUGCAAAGCACGGCGCUGGCGCAAAAGCGUUUUGACCUUUGAUCGUUGUCUCCCGCAUUCCGUAACCUUUAGUUAUUACUAAUAUUAUUUGAAAUAUUCACGAAAGACCGCCAUGAGGUGGGACAUGCUUUUUAUACUGUGGCAUCCUUUUCGCAGAUACUAUUGACGAAGUAUUGUGUAACCCUAACCCCCUCAGCAAGAAUGUCACACUUCCAGCUGGAUGUGUGAUCGAUGGUACAACAAAAAACAUUGUGGAUGUAGGAGAAUGUGUCCCAAGACCAUGCCUUCGGAAUGACACCUGGCUUUCAAAUACCACAUGCAAGGAUGAGACGCUUUGUUGUGGAGUAGAGGAAGUAGGGGAUGUCACUGUGAGUUGCGGGAGCUCUGUGACCUUCAGUGUUUCUAGGGUAACGCGUUGUGGUUGCCAAGAAUGUGUUGAACCGAAAACAAGAAUAACUGGAGUGGUUAUUGGCUUGAAAGGGGCUACUGAAAAACCUCUUCCUUACUGCCAAUUAUCGUUCGAAGGUAAAACAUACAACGCUGAUCGAUCUGGUUUCUUUAACUUUGAAGUUCCUAAAGGAAAAGAACGAUUAUCAGUGGUUUUUAAGGACGAUUAUGACAAUGAAUAUGCAGAUUUAACGAAGGUAUUUCGCAUCAGAGAAGGUCAGAGACUUUUCUCUAAAAUUGUUUUAAGGCCCAAACCCGUUGCAAAGCCGUUUAAUUCGUCUGAACCCUUUAAAGUUUUAUUAGGUGAUAGUCCUGUUCACUCUGCAUUUGCUGAGAUUGAAAUUCCUGAAGGGUCGCUCUUGAAGGAUGACGGCACAAUUUAUUCUGGGCAAGCCAAUCUAAGAUUAAGCGUUAUGGAUCCACGCAACCUUUCAGAUAUUCAGACAGCCCCAGCUGACUUCUCUACCAUCGACGAGGACGGAGAAGAACAAUUAUUAGUCAGUUAUGGAAUGCUUAAUAUGGACUUUGAAGAUGGAAGUGGAAAUCCGCUUUUCACUUCUAAGCCUAUUAAAAUGUAUAUUGAUCCUGAAAAGAUGAAUAUUUCGGUUGACAGUAACGGAAACACUACUGCAAAAUUGUGGUGGCUCGACCCAAAUUCAGGAAGGUGGAUCGAAGCUGGGGAUUUGUGGACAGGAAAUAAAAACUCAGGCAGAAGCAAACGAUCUCCAACGCGCUUUUUGCUGGAAACUGAAAUUUCGCCGGCUGUUGCGAAACAAGGACCAUUUAAUAUUGACGUGAAAGAAAAUUUUGGUGCGGUUCGAGUAUAUGCUCCAGCUAGCUCCUCCAUUAGAAUACUUUGCGAAGAACCAGACUCGAGCCCUGUAAAAUAUCUUGGGUAUUUGGAGGAGAGCGUUGACGCCAACAUGGUUGUCUGUAUAUCGGUGUGGAUAGACAAAAAAUGCUUUAUGCAAGGAGAAAAUCAGGAUUCACUAUUUUUGAGACCAACAUCCCCAGACUCAUUCCCUCCCGCUGUUUCGGCAUCAAUUGUGUCUUCUCACCUUCAGGGUUCAUCUCAAGUGCAGGCAUUCCGAUUUGAGGUCAAAACGACUAGUAAUGGACCAGUGUUUUCCCAUUUUGAUCAAGGAGUGCAAGAUUGUAAUGAACCAUACCUAACGUCCAAACCGAACAUAAGACAGUUUGUAUUUAACAGUCCUCCUGCAACAAAUAAUCUUGAACUAGAGAGUCAACGGAUAACUGAUCGCAGAGAUCCACGCAACUGGUUUCCGACGAACUUUAGAUGUUUCGUCAAGAUUUUGCUACAUGGCAAGAGAUCUCUUUUUCUAGCCUCAAGUCACAGGCCAAACAAAGGGGUCAAAUUUGGUGAUUCUGUUUCAAUGGCUGAGCAAGUGAGUAGUGAAAUUAAUAAGUACGUUGCAUGCCCCGAGAUAAGAUGUCCAGGAGAUGUCCAACGAGUUCCAGAAUGGACACAUGUUUUAGUUACACACUUAACUACAGGAAGCUGUGACUUCCACCAGCAUCAUUUACAAAGGCAAACUGACCUCGAUGGCAGUGGAGCUGCAUGCCCAACUCGAUCUAAGCGUCAUUCACCUGGAUCUGAAACAUGGCUGUGUGUUCCACUUCCCCAAGGCGGAUUUGACAUUGAUAAUGUUUACACUGUCGACAGGAAUGACCCAGCUUUAGGUGUUAAGAGGUGCAAAAAUGGAAACAAGCAGUGGACAACAGGAAUGACGCCAGACGAAAUCAACAUAAAUCAACCCACUGUAGAAUUUAACUGCAGGUAG